CUUCUCCACAGAAGGUGCAACAUUGAGCUUCCGGCUUCAUUCUAAUUGAGUUGUUGAAACCAGCGGACAUUAUUCAGCAUGAUCUCCUUUGCAGUCUUACUCUUCUCAGCGCUCGUGUUCUCAGCGCAAGCUCAGUUCAAGUGUGGUCUGCAAAGAGGCAAGAGGAUCACACUCUUCUCCGGCACCAUGGAGAGACUCAAGUUUCCCUGCAAGUACAACGCAGUGCGUCAGCAGUGUGGCCCCUACUUCAUCAACCUGACUCCAGGUAGCGACAUCAGAAUGGACACUGGCGAGUACUACGAGGGCACAAUGUGGGCUUCCAUCGCACUCAUCAAGACUGGACAGAAGUGGGAAGGAAGAACCUCCGUCAAAAUUGCAAGCAAGUACAUCAACGAUACUGUGACCAGAAGACCCUUCCACACUAAGAACAGAGGUCUGGACAUCACUAGCAUCGCCACGUUUGAGAAGAACGACGAGGCCAACUCUGUGUCACUAAGAGAGAAAAACAAUGUCUUUACCAUCACCUUCGGCGCCUACCAGGAAGGAGGCUUGAAGAACAAAGUUUCUGGUUGGGAGUUCGUGUGUAACGACCCCAGUGCGGUACUGGCUCCCUACCCGACACAGGUCUGCGGCAACCUGACCGAAGACAACCUGAAGGCAAUUCGCCUUGAGCUUGACUUCCGACAAGACAACCAGGUCUUGAUGCUGAACGUGUUCAACGACACAUCCAUCACGCAAACGGACGAGGACUGCAAAAAUGUGCAAAGAGAAUUUGUAAGUGCAAGUCAAGCCGAUAGAGAAGCAGCUAUGAGGGAGUGCUUCCCAAUAGUGUUCUACGGAAAAAUUUACAAGCCCAUGAUAAAAGACAACUUUAGACCAGCCAAAGUCCUCAGGAACUGUGUAACGUUCGUCGUCUCUGGCUACACUGAUGAUGCCAGUUGUGAAUACCUGGCCGAGGCGCUGGACGAUGCAGCGAGAGUGUCGGAUAAGAUCGCCCAGAAGAUACAGGAGAAGCAGUGCUAUCCGGACUUUAAACGAGUCUAGAGCAGUCAGUCCACUCACAAGACUCCCACGGUCACAAUAUGGCCUGCGUUUUGAAAACAAAGACGACGACAGUUUCUCGUGAAACUCAACUGUUGACAAACUACCUUCGACUGUGUUUGAUGGUACACUUUCUCAACAGAUAAAUAAAACUCUUCAAAUCUC